AUGACGUCAUCAGCAAAGAGAGCAUGUCGGCGUGCGCCUGUGCAGUCACGUGUCGUCGUGUGUCUGAGUAGCGUGUCAUCAUACGCAUGCGCAGUCCUGUCUUGGGCGCCUGUACAGUCACGUGUUGGGCUGUGUCCCCCGAGGCCAGUGGAGGUGUGCGCCUGCGCAAUCCCUUAUCGACAUGCGCCUGCGCAGUCCAGAGUCGGUGUGUGUCAGCAGGAGGCCGCCUCAGGUGAGUCCGUGUCCGCCCACACGGGGAAGCUGAGGCUCAGGGCAGAGGGGUGUGUGAGGGGACGCAGUGAGGGCGCCUCCCCCGGGAGUCAGGGCAGGCCCGGGAGGGGGCGGCGCAGGUCCUGGGAGGCCUCAGGGCCCCGCAGCGGGGUGGUCGGGUCAGGGGAAGCUGUGGCUGAGGGGCGUGGGAGCGGCGUCCGCGGCGGAGGGGGCGUCCGGGCCUCCCCCGCCCUGGGUCGGGCCCCGGGACCUCCGGGCCGGGCGGGAGCGGGUCUGUGCCCACCUGCGUCCUCCGGAAGUGGCCGGGCUGCGACCCCACAGGAGGGGCUGAGGGCGGGGACGACCCCACCCCGGGGCGCAUCAGCCCACCUGAGGGGCGGCUCCGGGAGGCCCGUGUCCUUGGUGCUGGGUCCUGGCCCUGGGAGAGGAGGGCGGAGCCGGCUGACAGGGCGGGGCGGGGCCCCAUCCCUGCAGGGAGCCUGUGCCCCCAUCCUGGGGACUGAGGGCCUGGCUGGGGUGGGGGCGGUGCCCCUUCCUGUGGGGCUGCGGGCUAAACAGCCCUGCGAUACUGGGAGGACCCGGCCUCCGAGCGUCCACACCCGGUGUGUGUCCCUGCCGCGGGCGCUGUGCCGGGGCCGGCGGAGAGGACGCCAUGACCCCCGCCCUCGUGGUCCUGCUCUGCCUGGGGAGACAGGAAGACGGGGAGGGGAGACCCUGCUCUGGGAGGGACCCUGCCCCCGCCCACAGCCAGGCCCUGCUCCCUGGAGACCCCAGGCUCAGGAGCCCCGGGGAGGAGAGGACCUGCGCAGGGGCAGGGCAACCCUCUCACGGGGAGCUCUCCUCCAGGGCUGUGCGGGCCCAGGACCCGAGUGCAGGCAGGUGAGCGUGCCCCCUCUCUGCCGGUCCCCCCCCCAUGGGACAAGGGCCACCCCGGGCAGCUGGGGUGGGGACAGUAGCCCUGUCUGGUGAGGAGGGCGUCUGGGAGGGUCCUGGCCUGCGAGGGGAC